UCGGUUAGCCAACGUUUUUUUCCGCCGCCGCCGCAGCAGCCGUGCUAGGCGGUGCGUCCGACGCUGUGAGCGUUGCUGCUCGCUUGGCCUGUGGCUUGGCCCUAUUGCCACCGCGAGAAAUAGCCGCAUACUCGGGUUGGUGACACCUUUUCGCCAUGUCCAGCAGCUCCAACGUUGAAAACCUGCCACCGCAAGUGCUGCGGCAGGUGUCUCGGGAACUCUGCGAGCUGGUUCGUCAACCGCCAGAGGGCAUUCGUGUCUUUGUCAACGAGGAGGACGUCACAGACAUAGAGGCCACCAUCGAGGGUCCCCAAGGCACGCCGUAUGCGGGAGGCGUCUUCAAGCUGCGUCUGGUGCUGCCCAAGGACUUUCCGGCGUCCCCUCCCCGGGGCUUCUUCACCACUCGCAUCUUCCACCCAAACGUGGCCGUUCCGUCGGGCGAGAUCUGCGUCAACACGCUCAAGAAGGACUGGAAGCCCGACCUGGGCCUGCAGCAGAUCCUGCUCACCAUCAAGUGCCUGCUCAUUGCACCCAACCCCGAGUCUGCACUCAAUGAGGAGGCUGGACGCAUGCUGCUGGAGAGGUACGACGACUACUGCAGGAGGGCGAAGAUGAUGACUGAGAUCCAUGCGCGGCCCGCCAAGCACAAGGGCAACUCGCCGCAGAGCAAAGCAGUCAAGAUGGCCAAGGAGAAGCGGCGCACGCUGAAGCGGUUAUGAUGGCCCCGACCUCUCGUCAUCAUCUCCCACGCAUCUUUUGUACAUAUAGGCUGGUUUGUGCGCAAGCGUGGCCGCGCAUCGCACUUUGAAACGGAGGUGCUCCUCUCAAGCAAAAGUAAAAAUAAAAUGCUAGUCGCGAGCGGGACUACCUUUGCUACGCAGGCCAGCUCGGGCGAAGAGUCGUCGGAAGUGUGCGUUUCUGUUGUGAGGCCUGGAAAUGCAGGUUGAACCAUUGGCAGGCUCCAAGUCUUGAGACCUUUAUUUUCAUUAUUAUUGUGUUUUUAAACUGUGGAAUGUGGUUGCCACCCAUGUGCUGAAUUGUUUUCAGCUGUCAUUAGGAUGGUGUGUCACUGGCCAUCACGCGGUAUUGUGGCAUUGUCUGUAAUGCUUCACGUGCAUUCUGUUUGCGGGGGUCUUGCAAACACCUUUAUGCGCAUCGACGAAGAGGUCCAGCCUAUCUUUUCAGGAGGGAAUGGAGGCUGAGGUGCUUUAUCAUUGCAGAAAAAAAAAUGUUCGAGCAAUGGCUGCCAUAUAAAUAAGGCUACUGAAAUGAAAAUUGGUAGGCAGUGGUUUCUAAAUUGCAAGUGUUUGCGUGGAUUGCAUUGCAAGAGCUUGUCCUGUCAAUUGCUGCGCUUUCAUUGCUGUCGGGGCAUUAGUGGAAUGCAGGCUUUUGCUAAAAGCAAGCGAUUUACCCAUGGUGUCCACCAGUGUCUGGGGAGGGGGGGGGGAUGCUGGAAGUGAUAAUUUGCAGGGUUGUGACCCCCAAAUAGCUAAAAGACAUGUUAAUGAACUCUCCGAUUGAAGAACCUGUCUUCUUGCUUUAUUUCAUCGAAAACAAAAAGGCCAUUUACGGCAUUCAUAUCAGGUGUUCCCUUUGACAUCGUUUCUCGUGCUACAGUUGGUGACAUUUUUCCCAGAACACGAUAUCUGAAAAAUAAGAAUUCCCAAGAAACAUUGGCACAUGGACACGGAUCAAAGGCGUCGGUCUGUAGUAGCUUAUUUCGACUUGUUGAUCUGUUGAAGUGCAAUGCUUCCACAGAACAGGAAUUCAUAUCUUGCAACUUGUGUGUCUCGUAAACUUUUGCAGCUGUGUGUAUGUCACUGUUGUACCAAUCGUUGCGAGAAGAGAAUUCAGCCAAUGAGUGUGCGUGUGUCAGAGGUAGGAUACCGUUCGAUAAAAGCAGUGGUUUAACCCGUAUUGCGGGUUUUACGGCGUUCUGUCUCAAGAAAACGUAUUUCUUUUGAGGGGAGUGAAAUAAAUGGAAAAAUGUAUUAAAGGCAGAACGGCAUUUCAUGUUCUGGAAACACAGUGGGAUCCCAUGUCCGGUUCACUUUGUUCUGGUUUGCAGAGUUGGUGACUGAGUGAGAAAGUCGACAAGUUUAGCGAGUCUGUCACCAUAGAUGCAACUUUGCCUCUGUUAAGUCCUGGCAACUUUUUAGUGACUUUCUUUUUGUUUUCUCCUAGCAAAAUGUUUCUGGCCACAUUCUUCAAGAGAAUUUGUCUAGUUCAAAGCCUCGUUCCCAUUUCAUCCCAAGGGCGAUAUAUGUGCCUUUAUUUGUCACUGCUGGGUGUGUCAAAGCAGCUUUUCUAGGCAAAGCACAAUCUUGAGAUUGAUAUGAGGGUGCUGUUUUCACAUUUGUUCCACAUUCCGAUUUCAUCCGUCACCGCAGGAAGUAAAUCAAAGCUGUAGCUUAAAAGAAAGGGUAACAAAGACAUUUAGAUACAAUCAAAACGAUAACGACAGAAUUCUGAGCUAGUCAUCUUCAUGACUUAUGUUGAAUUCCAAUGGCGGAGUCUGAGCAGCCGACAGACUCCGCGAGCGAGCACGCGACUCUGGCGUAGAGCACCGCCUCCAAAUCCGUGAGUGGAACACAACCUGUGCUGCCGGAGCAAGGCGGAACCGGAGCUUCUAUCGCCGAGUUACCCAGGAUGCCUUGAGUGUUGUCAUUUCCUUCUGCUGUUUGCUCCCAGCACCGCCGCACCAGUCACUUCUCUUCAGCGCCGUUCACCUGUUUUUUUAAAAGUGCGCAAUGGAAAUCUCGCGAUGCGUGCAGCAGCUUUUGCGUCCUCGCGAGUCGUGACCGGUGGCGCCUCCCAGCAGACAAACGUGGUAAAGGAAAUACGUCACGCAGAGUUCCGGUCCACUCCGCUGAUUUUGGCGGAGCAUCUUUUUCUGCUCCACGGAGUGAUUCCCGCUCUGAAUUCACUGCGACUCUCUCAUAGGAACAAACUUGCUCCGAAAUGAGCAGAAAGACUUGCUCCGACUCCGCCAUUGGAAUUCAACAUUAGUGGCCUUUUGCUACAAAUGGAGUGUUUUUGUCCACGAUUUGGUGACUGGUCCAUGAUUUGGUCCAUGAUUUGGUGAAUAGUUGCCAAGAUUGUUGAUCGAUCUUGUGCUUGAUAGAGCUGAUGCUUAGGCAGGGCAUCUGCACAUCGCUGCAAGUCUCUGUUUCACUUCUAUGACUUGGGCCAGGUUGAGUUUGCUGUCUUAGUGGCGAUUUGGUUGUAGAAGUCCAGUGCUUUAAGAUUGUUUGAAAUACUACAAUUUCUGUGAUUUUGUGCCUUUGCACGUAACAAUCGUUAGGCAUUUGGAGAAGCGAAUGAAUGAGCGGGAUGUUCUGCAAAGCGCCAGUGUAUUUCUUGCGUUGAAGGACUUUCAAAAUUUGAGCUUUCGAUCAUGUUUGCUUUCAUACUCCGUUCGUAAGCGCAGCACGUGUGCUAUAGUAAGGAAAACCUGGAAUCCUCUCAUAACUUAGCAGUCCUAGAAAAGGUUAAGGUGGCAAAGGAAGCAGGAAACUGAAGCCUUGCUUUUGACAGGCUCUCACUUUAUUAGGGAAGCUUACGGUGGGGCUUGAGGGAUGAUCGAAUCCCACCAAUUUUCCUGCCAAACUCGGGAAGCCACUCCGUUUUGGAAGUAUGUGAAUGUGAUCAGAGGGCUUGAAUGUAUGAAAUAAGUUUCAAUAUGUGGUCAUGGCAGUAUUUCUUGUGAAAGGAAUUUUAAUUAAUGGCUGGUCCAUUAAUCUCCUUCUUUAAACUGCCUUUCUGCCUUGAGAAGUGGCAGUGAUUUUGAUUUGGGGAUGCCGAUUCAACUACAGUUAACCUCAGUAUAAUGAAAAAUUAUUAGUAGUCGUGUGCAUCUCCCAGAUAUUAGCGUGCAAUGAAUAUAUGCUUAUAAUGAAUAUUUUCAUGCCUAGUGCUACUUCGAUAUAAUGGGUUUCGGCUGUAUUUGGGGAAUACGUGGUUGUACUGGGGAAUUUGGAAACACAGGUCAGGUAGGUGAUGCAUGGUGGUAGGAAACGUGAUAGGUGGUACUGGCGAUUGCUUUGGGAUGGCUAUUCUUUGUGUUCCAGUUCCUGCAUGCACCGCCUGAUGACAGCUGUCGUGUAUGCCAGUUACAUAGAUCGAAUAAUUGUAAGCUCGCAGUUCCUCUUAACGCUGCUUUCGUUUGAAUAUUAUUGAGCCCAGUUUCCUGAUCCCGAAUGGUGAACUUUUGGCCUGAACUCGUGAGAUUGUUAUAUUAGAAUCGACGCUGACACUUGUUUCGUCGCUGGUGUUGCAUGCUUCCAUGCAUUCCAGGUUGCAUCACUUCUACUUGUUCAGCAAAUGUUGAGACUUCACUAGAAACCGAGUGGAAAUGCAAGCUGCACCUAAUGAACAGAACGUGUGCAGCCACUGAGCAAUUAGGCCUAGCGAAUGGUACAGCCAGCACCUCCCCGGCUUUUUCAUUGAAGAGGUGCCGGCGAGCUUGCUGAAUCGGUUUCCUUGGCAGCACAUGAGUGCUGGCACCUUCUGAACACUUCCGGCAGUGGUGCAGUGAACAGUGAAUCGAGUGAUGCCACUACAGAUUGCCUAGCUUGUGCAGUGUUAGUUCCUUUUUGUGAAUGUGCAGUUUUUUUUUUUUUUCAAGUGUUUCAAUAUUUCUCAGAGAGUGUCCAAUUUGGUUUCCAAGUCAAGGGGGAUAAAAUAAAGGUUUUGGCAACUGCCUUCUGGUUUCGGCACAUUUGCAAUACACAGCUGAUUGGCGAGUUGCCGUAUGGAUUUUUGCAAGCUGCACUAUUGGAUUAAGCGCUUCAUGUUAAAGUGUCCUUCCUCACGUCUGUUUCUUAUAGCUCUUGCUCAUGCAGUUGAGACUAUUGUGAGCAGUGAAGAUGCUUUUGUGGCUAUACUUGGUUAUUUAUGCGACUGCAUGGGAAUGAAUACAUUAAGCUUUCUCAUCGCUAGGAGGCUGGAAAGUGUUGCACGUGCACUUGCUUUUUGUUGAACUGGAAAGGUAUUUUCAGUUGAACUUCAGGGAUACAAUCGCCUUUUCAAGGUUUAGCUUGACACGGCACCUGCUGAGUCUGCGUCUACAACAAUGGUGUUCCUUCGCAGUGUUGCAAGAAAUCUCGUAGAAGUGAUUGCAGAAUUUUGCAGAAGCAUUCUGCCAUUGGUACUGCUAAGAAGGUUUUAGUAUGAGAUUAUCACUGUUUUGACCAGGAUCUUCAUUAUUUUUUAAAGUUUGAGUACACGCUAUGUAACUCGACAACAAUGUGUGCGCAUCACAUUUCUCUCUCUUUUUUUACCUAGGAGCGUGGCUUGCUUCUCAGUGUCGCUUGGCUCUGUAGCUAGGUAUUGAUUCAUCAGUGCGUCUUGCAAUUCAAGCCUCCACCUAGCACAUCAUUCAUCUGCUGUUUUUUUAUUUUUCGCCCUGUGCAUGGGACACGAUUUAGAUUUCGCAUUUGCAUUAUUCCUGCAGGCGUCUUACCUGGUGCACAUCAUUCACUCCUGCAGAGCUUGAUAGUUGAAAUUCUAAGUUUCUAUGUAUGUUUGCACAGUGAAGAGAGUCUUGCUAAUAAACUUAUCUUUCCUGUAUGGA